AGCGCCGGGGCUGGGACGAGCGUGGAGCCACCAUUGCUUGGCGGCAGGAGGGAGGUGAUGGGCGGGGGGGGAGUCAGUCAGGUGUGGACGAGGUAUGAGGGGAGGCAGGGAUGGAGCUGAGCUGGUGACAGCCGGUGGCGCCGAGCGCUCGCUCGUCCCUCCUCCCGCCGAGAUGCAGCAGGGCCGACCGUCCCUCUGCUGCGUCUCCGCCAUCCGCAGCUCGCAAGGACCCCCCGAGCCAGCCGCCGCUCACCUCAGCUUCUGCCGCAGCCUCCUGGAGCACACGGUGUCGGCCGAGAACCUCAGCUACCGGCUGCAGCGGAACCCUGGCAGCAGCCGCACCUGGCACGACGGCCGCAGCCAGCGGGCAGACGGCGGCAGGACCGUCAAGCUCCUGCGGCAGCCGGGCACCGAGGGCUGCCAGGGCCGUACCUACGAGCACUAUGGCAUCUACCACACCAGCCCCACGCUGGGCAGCCUGGCCAAGCCAGUGGUGCUCUGGACCCAGCAGGAUGUGUGCAAAUGGCUGAAGAAGCACUGCCCACACAACUAUCUCAUCUACGUCGAGGCAUUCUCCCACCACGCCAUCACCGGCCGGGCGCUGCUGCGGCUGAACGGGGAGAAGCUGCAGCGCAUGGGCAUCGCGCACGAGGCGCAGCGCCAGGAGGUCCUGCAGCAGGUCCUGCAGCUCCAGGUGCGCGAGGAGGUCCGAAACCUGCAGCUGCUCAGCCAAGCUUCUUUUGGAAAUGUCUCCUAGCUGAUCCAUCUGUUUGGCAGAUUGCACCAACACUGUGAACCGAGCACCUCUGGGCUGGGCUGUGCACCGCUGACACCAGACCUGGACCGCGCUUGGGAUCCGAAGAGAGAGCUUCCCAGCCCUGCCAGGGCUUCUCUCCCUCCCCUCCUCUCUCU